AAGCUGCACGACUGCGGUACAGAACCCGAACGGUCGAAGAGUAACUCAGUCACAGCCGCAUUCACUGGUCAGAGAGAGAGAGAGAGGGAGAGGGAAAGUAGUGUAUGAUGAAAACGUGAUAGCUGAAAGUGUUGAUAUUAUUGUAUAAUAAGUCUGAGAGUAAACAAAUUGUGAUAAAUCGAAAGAUAAUGCGUCGUAUUGGGGCUACUAGUUUCCAAAUCACCAUGAAUUGACUGCAAGGUUAACCUCCGGCUGAACAGAAAGAGAAGAGAAAGAUCGCAGAGUUACUAAGCCAAUUGUUGUCAGAUUGAUCGUGGUCGUAAAUUGUCUGCGUUCAAUCUUGAAAGGGGGAGAACCAGUCAUGUCCGAAGCGAGGGGACCUCGCAUCCUCCAAUGGGAGGGGCCUGUGCCUGUCCCUCCCAUCCCAAAUACGAACUUCGCGUCGUUUUUCCUUAACGUUGUGGCUCAGCAUGGUGAAGCUGUCGCGCUUGUUGAUGCUGCCACGGGCAAACGCCACACUUACGGUGACUUACAGCACUUGGUGUCACGGGUCCGAAACGGCUUUGCUACCGCAGGCAUUGGCGUGGGAGAGUCUGUGCUGCUUCUCACAAGCAAUCACAUAGACGCCCCUGUGGUUCUCUUCUCUGUGAUGCUCAUGGGCGCUGCCUGUGUGCCUGUAAAUCCUUAUCUGACCUCAGAGGAGUUGGCUCACGUAAUUAGGCUCAGCGGAGCAAGAUGGGCUGUGGUACACGAGGAAGUUCUCAAAGUAGCCGAAGAAGCCUUUUCCCUCGUGGGCACUGAUGUCCUGCGUAAGCUCUGGGUUCUUGGGGAUGUGCCCGGAAGGAAGUCUCUUGCCAGUUUAAUAAGGACAGAAAUGACGGAUCCGCCGGCCGCCGAAGAAUUUGACCCCUCGACCACAGUAGCCAUGAUGCCCUUCUCGUCGGGAACGACGGGUCUGCCAAAAGGAGUUAUGCUUUCACACAGGAAUAUUAUGACUUCUUAUUUACAGAACAAAUACGUUCGAGAGUUAAAUCCUCCAGGUACUCCUAAUGUACUGCAGUGUACCUUGAUGUUACUCCCCACAUACCACAUCUACGGCUACACCAUUCUCAUGGGAUGCUUGUCUACCGGAGGGAAGGCUGUCAUGCUUCAGAAGUUCUCACCGGAAAAAUAUUUCGAAACCAUUCAGAAGUAUAAGGUGACGUUCUCUCCAAUCGUGCCGCACAUCGCCAAGUUCCUGUCCGAGACACCUCUGUGGCAAAAGUAUGACCUCUCGUCCCUCCUAGCUUUCUCUAGUGGGUCUGCCCCUCUGCCAACAUCUACCUUGAUGAACCUUAUGAAGAGGAGUGGAAAAGGAGCAGGCCAAGGCUACGGAAUGACGGAGGUUUGCGCGACCGUAGCUGUCAACGGAGGAGCCGUCGGCUUCAAACUGGAGGCGGCUGGAAAGCUUCUUCCUUACUACGAAUGCAAAGUAGUCGACGUGCAGACUGGCGAGAUGGUGGGGGAGUCCGUGGAGGGGGAGGUGUGUCUGCGAGGUCCCUCCAUCAUGCUGGGUUAUGUCAACAACCCCCAAGCCACCGCUGACACCAUCGACCCCGAAGGAUGGCUCCACUCGGGAGACCUCGGCUACUACGACGAGGACAACUUCCUUUUCCUCACCGACAGGCUCAAGGACCUCAUCAAAGUGAAGGGCUAUCAGGUCAGUCCAAGUGAGCUGGAGAAGCUGCUUCGCGAUAUGGAGGGAGUCAGCGAUGUAGCGGUGGUUGGGGUGCCGAACGAACGGUUAGGUGAGGCCCCAAGGGCCUAUAUAGUACCUGCAGAAGGCGCCACAAUUGAUCCUGGGGCGGUUUUGAAACAUGUUGCAGAUCAUGUGACUCCUUACAAACAGUUAUCUGGAGGCGUCGAGUUUGUUGAAGUACUGCCGAAGAAUCACCUUGGAAAAGUUCUGAAAAGGCAGCUGAGGAACGCUUUCGUGAAACGUAAAUCUAAAUUGUGAAGAAAAAAGUAAGCGAAAUCUUACUAUCUUUGUUUGAUGUCUAAAUCAUUAGCAGAAAUAAUUCAGUCCCUCGUUUGUCGGAGGAACUGGUUUUUUUUCAUAGAAAUAUUCUUUUCAGAGAUGUUUUGUGUCAGAUUUAAAUACAUCAUUGCAUAAAUUAGGAGUUUAUCUGUACUGUCAGUUAACACAAACAAAGAACCAAAGAAACGGAACCAAACUGUUAAUGACAACAGAGCUAUGGUCCUCUAUACAAAAAAAAAAAAGUAAAACUUUUUUCUUAAAAUUUCAUUGCAUACAGUGGUUGGCUUUAUAGAGAAAAAUGUCAUUUGCAAAAUAGGGGUUGCAAAGUUUUAUUCGCAGUAACCGUAAGCAUUCGCCAGACAUUCAGUGUCAGCGUUACUGCUUGAAAAUACCCAUCUGUGUUCCUAUCCAUGCCUCAUAGCCAUAGACUCCUAAAAUAAAAAAAUGAAACAAGAAAAGAUUCGUAAGGGUUUUCUCUUCUUUGGGAAAGAGACUAAACGAAUUGUACAGCUAUUCAGGUAAAAGGAAUGAUCUUCUGAAGUAGUUAUUCAAGUUGUUGAGAUCAAAAUGUGUCUUAAUUUCCAGGAACUGUAAUUAAAACUUCUGUUUGUUUGAUAUGUUGGAUAUCGAAAGUGUUCUUAAAUCUUAUGUGUAAUGUUUAAUGAAAGAUUCUACCGACUCGUGAACUUUCGCAGUUAAUUAUUUGUCAUAAGUGCGCGCGGUGCUUUGAUAUGAAAUAUAUUAUGAUUUUGUGCCAGAAACAGAUUCA